AUGAGCCCCGAAACUUCCACAAUCCUCAGCAUUCUGGAAAGUUACCGCCUCCACCUGCCUGACGGGACUCCCGACCGCGGCUGUGAAGCACACGCUAAAUUCGCGCCACUGAUUCAACGAAAAGUAGAUUCAGGCGGUCCCAUCACCAUGGUUUUCCCUGGAUUCCCGUUCAAGUCUCCAGAUGCGAAGACAAAGGUGCUAGGAGUGCUACCGGACAUGGCAGAAGAGGUUGCGUUGACGUACCUGCAUGGGAUGUGUGAGGAAAUCAGUGAUUGCUAUAAAGGAGGCGUAGAGCUGAUCAUUGUAUCGGAUGGGCUUGUGUAUAGUGAUAUUCUUGGUGUUCCGGACAGCACUGUAUGGGCCUAUGGACAGGCUGUGAGGAAGAUCGUUCGGGAUAAGGGCUUUGGUGAUCUACUCAAGUUUGCACGACUGCAUACCAUGCUUGAUGCGUGGUUUGAGGAGGAGGAGCUCACAGAGGAGGCAUAUCUUGCGAAUGCAGUCCGGCUGCGUAAAGAGCUUGAUGUCAUGGUUCCAGCUCCAGACGACGCGGGGGAGGACGUUGUGCAGUAUCUGGCCAGUAACGAGGAUGCGAGGACAACGUAUGAUGUGUACCUCAAUAACAUUCUUGAGCAUGACCUUGUAAAUGUACACAGCAGUCAGUCAAACCAGAAGAUGGCUGUAGCUGACAGAAUGAUUCUGCGUGGAAAGGCAUACGCUACGGCUAUAGGAAGCAUCUUUUCAGACUGCAUCCGCCUCUCGAUCCAUGCAAGCUCGGGAAGCAACAAAUUCUCAAUCAGUCUGUUCCCCGAUCGUAGCUCAACUCUGACACCAUGGCACGCAGCUGUCGGCUUCGAUCUAGAUGAGUCGGUCAUCGCCGGGCCUCGAGAGCUUUUCGAUGCGAAUCCAAAAUACGAACUAGUAAGGCAUAACACAAUCCCUUACUACUACCGCGAGAAGUCGAACCAUGAAACUUAA